UCAGUACUGCAGUAAUAACCGAACAGGGCCUGUCUGGGCACAACAGCGGUAGCGGUAACAGUGAGUUGCAAAUGGUGGAUGGUGUGUGAUCUUUGUCAACAUCAGUAAGAAUGUAUAAGGCAAGAACAGUCAUUAGAACGCUGGCGCCAUUGCCGCGUAUGUGUGGACCUGAAAGAUAUGCCUCCUGGAUGACUCGUAAUCCAAUAAUCAGAACUACCCAAAUAAUCUUCCGGACCGAGUCCGUGCGCAAGUACAACAGCCGUGUAGCAACCGAACCCUUCUUAAAUGGCAGUACUAGCUCUUAUGUGGAGGAAAUGUACAAUGCAUGGCUGCAAGAUCCAACCAGUGUGCAUGUAUCAUGGGAUUCUUUUUUUCGAAAUAGCACCGCAGGAGCUGCACCAGGACUUGCGUAUCAGGCGCCGCCAUCUCUCGCUCCAAGUUACAAUCAGGUGCCUCUUGGAGCAUUGUUACCCCUGGGUGGUGGAACUCAAAUCGGCCAGGCACCUAUCAACGAAAAAAUUAUUGACGAUCAUCUAGCGGUGCAAGCGAUUAUUCGGUCAUACCAGAUUCGUGGCCAUCAUAUCGCUAAAUUGGAUCCGCUGGGCAUCAACAGUGCUGAUCUUGACGAUAAGCAUCCGCAAGAAUUACUCUAUAGCCAUUAUUCAUUCGGGAAGAGACCACGCACUACUUACUCGCAGGAACUUCAAUACCAAGUAGCUCGCCUAAUGAAACAGGAGUCAGAUAUGGACCGCGUCUUCAAAUUGCCAUCUACUACAUUUAUCGGUGGCAAGGAAAAAUCAUUACCGCUUCGCGAGAUCCUGAAACGACUUGAAGCGGCUUACUGCGGUCACAUUGGCGUCGAAUUCAUGUUUAUUAAUUCGUUGGAGCAAUGUAAUUGGAUUAGACAAAAAAUGGAAACGCCCGGUAUAAUGGAAAUAACGAACGACGAGAAGAGGCUCAUUUUAGCGAGAUUAACGCGCGCAACCGGAUUUGAGGCGUUUCUUGCACGUAAAUGGUCUUCGGAGAAAAGAUUUGGUUUGGAGGGUUGCGAGAUUUUAAUCCCAGCUAUGAAACAAGUGAUCGAUAAGUCCACGGAAUUAGGAGUUGAAUCUAUUGUCAUGGGUAUGCCUCACCGUGGGCGUCUAAAUGUUCUUGCUAAUGUCUGUCGCAAGCCAUUGAGCCAAAUAUUCACACAAUUUGCUGCUCUCGAAGCUGCCGAUGACGGUUCUGGUGAUGUAAAAUAUCACUUGGGUACCUAUAUUGAACGUCUAAAUCGUGUAACAAACAAAAAUAUUCGUCUCGCUGUAGUCGCAAAUCCGUCUCAUUUGGAGGCUGUUGAUCCAGUAGUGCAAGGCAAAACACGUGCCGAGCAAUUUUAUCGAGGUGAUGGUGAAGGAAAAAAAGUUAUGUCUAUUCUUCUUCAUGGAGAUGCUGCGUUCUGUGGUCAAGGUAUUGUCUUCGAGACAAUGCAUUUAUCCGACCUACCUGAUUAUACCACUCAUGGAACUAUUCACAUUGUCGUGAAUAAUCAGAUUGGAUUUACUACGGAUCCAAGACAUUCACGAUCAUCACCUUACUGCACUGACGUAGCUCGAGUGGUAAAUGCGCCAAUCUUCCAUGUCAACUCUGAUGAUCCUGAGGCCGUGAUGCACGUGUGCAAGGUAGCAGCGGAAUGGAGAGCCACUUUCCACAAAGAUGUUGUCAUUGAUUUGGUCUCAUAUAGACGCAACGGCCACAAUGAGAUCGACGAGCCGAUGUUUACGCAACCUCUUAUGUACCGCAAAAUCAAGAAGACUCCACCAGCUCUUGAGAAAUAUUCCAAUUCACUCAUCGCCGAUGGUGUUGUCACGCCUGAAGAAGUUAAGGAUGUCAAAGAUAAGUAUGAAAAAAUCUGCGAAGAAGCGUAUAAUAACGCCAAACAGGAAACACACAUCAAAUACAAAGAUUGGUUAGAUUCACCGUGGUCUGGUUUCUUUGAAGGAAAAGAUCCGUUGAAGGUAUCACCUACUGGUAUCAAAGAAGACACACUCGUACAUAUCGGAAAGAAAUUCUCGUCACCGCCACCGAAUGCUGCCGAAUUUGUCAUCCACAAAGGUAUUGAGCGUAUUUUGAAGGCCCGUAUGGAAAUGAUUGAAGCUAGAACUGUUGACUGGGCACUUGGUGAAGCUAUGGCUUUUGGAUCUCUUCUCAAAGAAGGAAUCCAUGUCCGAUUGUCAGGUCAAGAUGUAGAAAGAGGCACAUUCUCGCACAGACAUCAUGUGCUUCAUCAUCAAACUGUUGACAAAGCGACCUACAGACCGCUUUGCUAUUUGUAUCCUGAUCAGGCGCCUUAUACAGUCUGCAACAGUUCUUUGUCCGAAUUCGGCGUUCUUGGUUUUGAGCUGGGUUACUCUAUGACAAAUCCAAACGCGUUGGUGUGCUGGGAAGCUCAAUUUGGAGACUUCAACAAUACAGCGCAAUGUAUAAUUGAUCAGUUUAUCAGCAGUGGCCAAGCUAAAUGGGUGAGACAAUCUGGUCUUGUAAUGUUGCAACCCCAUGGUCUUGAAGGAAUGGGUCCCGAGCACUCAAGUGCUCGCUUAGAGCGUUUCCUUCAAAUGUCUGCCGAUGAUCCGGAUUAUUUUCCCCCUGAAAGUGAAGAAUUUGCUGUUCGUCAGUUGCAUGAUAGCAAUUGGAUUGUCGCCAACUGCAGCACACCGGCUAAUUACUUUCACAUCUUGCGACGGCAGAUUGCAUUGCCAUUCAGAAAACCAUUGAUUCUUAUGACACCAAAGUCGUUGCUCCGUCAUCCGGAAGCCAAGUCCAAUUUCGACUUGAUGUUGGAGGAUACGCAAUUCCUCAGAGUAAUUCCGGAAGAAGGCACGGCAGCGGAAAAUCCCAACGGUGUCAAAAGGCUGCUUUUCUGCUCUGGAAAAGUUUAUUAUGACUUGAAGAAAGCUCGCGCGGAACGAAAACUGGACGACAAGAUUGCGAUAGCCAGAGUUGAACAAAUCUCACCCUUUCCAUACGAUCUUGUUAAAAAAGAAGCUGAAAAAUAUCCUAAUGCAGAGUUGGUAUGGUCUCAAGAAGAACACAAGAAUCAAGGUGCGUGGACCUAUGUACAGCCUAGGUUCCAUACAGCGCUUAGCGGUGGCCGAAAAGUGAUUGGCUCGUCAGGAACGAGUGAAAAUGGUGGAGGGUGGUUUACCGGUUUGUUCUUAUCGUCUAAACCAGUUAAAACCAUAACUGUAUCAGAUCUACAGUCAACAGAAUCUACUGAACUGAAGAAGAGAAUAGUGAGGUAUGCUGGACGACCCACUGCAUCCUCGCCUUCCACCGGCAGCAAAAUGCAGCAUCUCAAAGAACUCAAGCAACUGCUGGACGAUUCCCUCAGUCUUUAAUGAUUCUUUUUAGCUCUAUGUAUAGAACUUAAAGAUUAUUUAUUUUUCUCAUAUACUAUGUGUCUGUUACACUUUUAUGUCCUGUUCGACAUAUACAAAAAUUACACUGUAGCCGUCUAAAGUGUUUCUUCGCCAUUGUCAUCUCCUGUAUUUAAGUUCGCUCACGUGCACGAAUGUUUCAUGUUCUUUCAUUUGAAAUAUUAUUAGUGAUUGAUAAUAAAAAUGCAACUUAUACUUCAAUCGCGUAAGUUUUUAAUGUUAUACGUACUACUGAUUUAAUAAUACUAUCUACUAUCUAUUUUUUUUUUUAAUUUUUCUUAUAUUGUUAUUUUAUACUAUUAUUUGUUGUAUUAUAUAAGUAACUUAUAUACAUUUUGUUCUGUUUUUGUGUUACAAAAAGAAUUCGUAACAGUUUUUUUUUAAUAAACGCGAUUGCACACAUAAUGUAAGUGAAAUAUUGUAAUUGGAAUUUGUAAGCUCGUCUAUUAAUUUAUGCAAACAUGAAGCAUUCGUGUCUAAGUCAUCUCUUCUAUACUACUUUAUUCUAAAUUAAUCUCAUAAAGUCGAUAAAAUCAUUAAAAGGAAAAGUAUUAUUAAUUUAUACGAUGUUAUGUAGAGCGUAACAUUUUUUUUAACGUAUAGCAACGAUCUUGAAGUAAUAUAUUCUAGAUUGCAAAGACUGUCCAUGAUAAAAGGCUUUGAGAUAAUACACGAUAACCUUUUUUUUUUUUUUUUUCUAUUUAUUGAUAUAUCGUGAAAAGAUGGCUGCGCCAAUCACUUUAACUUUUUAGUUUUGCUUUUUUAUAAAAAGAUAAAGGAUUGGCGAUUCACGUAGAAUUGCGUUCGUCUUAUAAUUGUAAAGGUACUGCAUAUGCAUAUAUAUAUAUAUGUGUGUGUGUGUGUAUGUGUGUAUAAAUGUAAUCAUUGUCUUAUCCACCUUGAAACCCUCACAUUCGCUGACAACAUCAAAUAAACGAUUAUAUGUGAGCGCUGGUAAGCAUUCGAAUAUUAGUCAACGAGCGAAAAUAAGUGCUUAUAAGCGUGAGCAUCUAAGGCGAACGCAUCUAUAGAGUGGUAUUAACGCAGACAUAGCACUACCUCUUGAGAUCAAUAUCUCGAAGCUUUAUGCUAAUACAAAAUUAAGUGCAAGUUGUUCUUUGGACAGUUUAUAGUCAUCUCCAACUAGUAUCAUACUUUUGCUCUGUCGGUUUCAGCCAAGUACAAAAGGGUAAAAUAUACAUCGAAGUUUAAUUGUCAACUUGAUUUGGAUUUAAAAGCAUCUUGUGCAAAUAAAAUUCUAGUGCUACUCCAUGGACAGUACUAACGGAAUGUUUCAACUCGUUUAACAAUGUAUUAAGAGUAGUAAAGAAAAAUUAAUAAUACUUAGUAGCAUCUAAGAAAUAAUUGUAAUGACAAUUUAAUCGGAGCAGUAGCAUCUUCUUGUGUAGGCCGUUACGCAAUAGUGUGAAGGUAUAUGUUACAGUAUUUAUAUUCUUCUACUUGUACUAUUUGAAGACGAGACACACUUGAACAGAAAAAGAAGUAUCGUAUCCUUUGCGUUAUCGUUGAUGAAAAGGAAGUAUUUUACAUAUUCUUAUGAUUGUUUUAUAUGUUAUAGAAAGUGCAAUAAGGUGAUAGAAUUGCCUUAUUUUUUUUAAGCAUGUGAAACAAUAGUUAUGUGAUAUCUCUGUUUUGCGCAAUUUAAUAUCGAUAUAUUAUGUAUAGAUAGACAAACACACAAAGGCCGCAUUAUCCAUUAUUUUACUUGUUUGUUAUAUUACUUGUGUGCGUAAUAUAACAGUAGUACACAUGUGCAAAACUGCUAUUAUAAAUAAACCUCAAAAGUAACAUCUGACACUUUAAAAUUUUGUUUAGCAAAAACUUACGUGCGAUAUUGUAGUAUCUUAUUAGUUGCUGAUUAAAUUAAAUUCUUUCUGUCA